AUGAUCCAAACAAGCCUUCAAGUGAUUGCCAAUCAAAGCGGUGCCUAUCGUUGUUUUGCCACUAAUGACAACAUCACUACAAUUCACAGCCAGAUCUCGUUUAUAGUGACCGAUGCUAUAAACGGAUUCUCAAUCAUAUCAUCGACUGAUGAGCCUACAGUACGGGAGGACAUAAGCCUCACCUGUAAGGCCAGUGUUUACAACUAUACAGAACUCAAUUGGAUUAGAAAACCAUUGGACGGAAUAAUAGAGUCAGACGAUGAGUACAAUCUGACGGUACAAAUAAGUGAUUCCGGAGUUUAUGUCUGCGAAGCGCUCACUCGUGAUAAUCAACAAACCAAACAUGAGAUUGAAUUUAAACUCGAUAUACAAAACAUAUCAGCGCCGGUUAUGAUUGAGUCUAAUAUGAAAGACAAUGUGAUAGAGAAGACUCCAUACACUCAAUUGGAGUUGCGAUGUAUGGUUAGGGGAAGACCUAAACCA